UCAGCUGUUAAAUGUAUGUUCCGCUUUUAACAGUGCCUACUAGAUUUUAAAAGAUGCAAUUAUUAUUGGUAUCUCCAAUAUUUUUUUAAUACGUCUAUUUUGUAUUCAAUGUUUUGUUGAGCUCAAUUAUUUAAAUUCAAAGUAUUCUUCAUUUUUCAAUUAUUUCCUGAUAUAAAGUGAGUUAUUACAAUAUCCUAAUUACACUGCCACCGGCAGUGUCAAAUCAGAAAUCAGAUGAUGUCAUGAAAAAAUUCUUCAAAUUCUUCUAUUUCAGAUUCAGUUUUCUGCUGGGCUGGAGUGUUCUUUCACGUUUACCUGCAAACAAAUGUUUUUCCCAUGCCUGAAUUUUGAAUUUUCUGUCUUAUGGUAGUGAUUUUGAAAUCUGUAUUCUUUGAAGAUAGAAUCUCAAAACAAUGGAUGUCAUAGAAAAUAGUAUAAACAGAUUGUUGAAUGGAUCUACGUUGGAAGACAAUCCUGAUUUAUGCGAUUUCACAUUGGCCGAUCAGAAUGAAGCUACAGUUGCUCAAGGAGUUACACCCUCUGCGCCAUCAGAUUAUGUGCCCAUUGUAAGAAACACGGUCACAUACAUUGUGAUGGCGGUACUGUUCAACUCAGACAAUGAAGUUUUGAUGAUGCAGGAAGCCAAAAGCUCAUGUGCCGGCCAAUGGUAUCUGCCUGCUGGCAGGAUAGAGCAGGGAGAGGAUUUAGAGGAAGGAGUGAAACGUGAGGUGCUGGAGGAGACAGGCAUGGAGAUGGAACCAACCUCUCUGGUGCUGGUGGAGUGUGCCAGCAAGGCAUGGUUUAGGUUCGUGCUGACUGGCAGGGUGACCGGCGGAACCCUCAAGACCCCCGCUCAGGCUGACUCCGAGUCUCUCCAGGCAAAGUGGAUCGGUGAUGUGAAGCAGUUGAGUUUGAGAGCACCCGACAUAGUUGAAAUAAUUGAAAGAGCGUUGCUGUAUCACACCGGCCAAGAACAGCACCCUCCUCUCCUACCUUGCAUUAGGCCACACACCAAGCUACUUCUACGACUGGUUGUCUGCAUCAGAUCAAAAAUUAGCAAUAAGGUUCACGUACUCCUUUCAGAGAAAACAGAGGUGCAUCUACCGUUAUGCGAAAUAAAUCAUAGUAGGAGUCUGCAUUCAACGUUGAAAAAGUUCAUGAUGGAGAUAUUCGGCGCAGAUGUGCCCAGUCACAGACCGCACGGCGUGCUGACGGUUGAGCACUCCGGCAAGCCAGAGGCAACCAAUGACGGCUUCUGUCUCACUCUGCUCAUGGCCUUCCGUGUCCCUCUCGAAGAAGUCUAUCCGAUCGACAAGUACACCUGGUUUCAAGUCAAUAGCGACUUGGGCGAGAAAAUCCUUUCGCGCAUGCCCAAAGGCAUGACUGUUCGACUCAACGUCAUACGCUAAAACACCAUUCAUCAGUAUUAUUAAUAUAGUCUGAAAAAUGCUAACCGUCAAUUUUAUUAUGUGUAUAAACUUUUAUAUUUAAAAUUGUAUUAUGUCUAGCAAACUUUGAUAUUUGAAAUUUUAUUAUAUCUUAUAUUAUUCUGUUGAGAUUUGAGUUUUAUGUAUACACCAUUGAUUUUUUUAAAUAUAUUUUUUAUAAAUUA